UAUAACUGAGUUCUUACCUGCGCAAGCGGAUGCCACCAGUUCAUGCCCAUCGCAAUCCGCUUGUGCAUCGAUCCGCCCUGAGAGAGACCCUUUACGGCCCGGGCCCGUUACACAAGCCACUCGAAAAGCAAUCAGUCAAUGCUACACGAUGGUCUUCAAUCCAUCCACUCGCCAACAAACCAUGAAUCCUUCCCGCCAAACCGGCGCCCUCACUAUGGCCAUUCCCGCCCGCCUUACCAUAAGCACACCAUCUUCUGCACACGGUUCCUGACAACAGCAGGUAGUAGCUGCAGCGCGGCGGCAGCGGCAGAGACAAAGACGCCGCAAAACAGCAGAGGGCCGGCGCCACGCCCCGCAUCGGCUACGCCGUGUCACCGGAGGCGCCGUGCAACCCUCCCGAGAGAGAGUCAACUCCCGACAAUGGCCGCCCUGACUAUGUCAUAUCAAAAGGUAUUAUCAUUAAGUAGUGUAGGUCCGGCAGUGUGGCGUUGUAACGAGCCCGCUCCCACACUCUUCCUCAUAACCAACCAUCCACCCCCGCGCUCCGGCGAGGACAUACACCAUCCUCCUAACCCCCGAUUAUGUCAAGAAAGCCAUCAUGAGGGUAGUUCUAUGUACAGUACACAUGCCGGUCUUCAACCCCUCCUCCACGAGGAAUAUGCUGGACGAAGGGGUUGAGAGGGGGGUUAGCCAAACAGGCAGAAACCGCACGAGACGCCUCUCAUUUCCCACCACUCCAAACCCCAAAAUGCAGAAUGUCGUACAUGUCGAUGCGCCAGCUCUGGAAAUGCAUCCAAAGCCAGGCCGCUGUCUGUCAUGUCUUCCCAAGACAGAAACCACGCACGCUGACCCUUCCGCUUGUCUGAAACCGGAAUCCAGCUGUCGGAUCACCCGCACAGCGAAGUGUUCACCGACAAGGCGAAGCCAGUCCCUCAUCAACCCAACUCAGCCAAGCCCAG